GCCACCAAGACAACAGCUCGCCGGUUUGGCCGGCGCAUGUUGUGCUGUCAGCCUCCUCCUCCACCUCCUCAGCCCUCUUCCUUAUUUAUCCGGUCGAUUUAAUUUUUUGCUUGAUCUUGCGCACAUUUUCCUCAAUUUUGGCUCCCUCACUCCGCCCCAGCGCGACAAUCCAAGCGGAGGAAGGGGGAAGACGGCCCUCGUGAGACCGAAGGAGGCAGACGAGAUUUCUCUCACCGGGAAAGCUCGAUUCGGUGAUCCGAAUAAGGGUUCAGGUUUUAGGUUUAGAUUGUACUUGAAAUAGAAAUGGGCAAGCCGACUGCCAAGAAGAAGAGUUCACGAAGUAAACACAGUAAUACAAACUCGAAGCACAGCAAAUCCAACGAGCACAACCCAAAAGUCUACGAUGAGGAUACGACAAUAUUCAUCGACAUGGCUCGGGAUUUAAAAGAGGAGGGCAACAUGUUGUUCCAGAAGCGGGAGUUUGAGACAGCGUUGCUGAAGUAUGAGAAGGCCACUAAGCUGCUUCCGAAGAACCACAUUGAUCUUGCAUACCUCCACAGCAACAUAGCAGCUUGUUAUAUGGAGAUUAGCCCUGAGGAUUACCACCUUGCAAUAAACGAGUGUAAUCUAGCCCUCAAGGUCUCACCCAAUUACAGCAAAGCCCUACUGAAGAGGGCCAGGUGUUUUGAAGUCUCGAACAGGUUGGAUUUAGCCUGUAAAGAUGUCGAUCUUGUUUUGAGUUCAGAACCGAACAACCUCACAGCAUUGGAGAUUUCGGAACGAGUGAAGAAGGAAAUGGAGAAAAAGGGCGUCGUAUUAGAUGAUAAGCCACUUUUUCCACUGCCAGAAUCCUUGACAGUGAAAGAAAAGCCAAGGAAGAAGAAGAAUAGCCACAAGUCCAUGAAGAAGCUAGUUGAUAUGGGGGAGAAAUAUGCUGAAGUUAAGGAGAAGCCUAUGAAGAGCAUGAAGUUAGUUUUUGGGGAAGACAUAAGAUUGGCUCAGAUACCAGCUGAUUGUACAAUGUUGCAGUUGAGGGAGAUUGUUGGCAGCAAAUUUCCAAGCUUGAAAGCUGUCCUUAUCAAAUAUAAGGAUAAAGAGGGUGAUUUGGUAACAAUCACUACAUCUGAAGAGCUGAGAUGGGCGGAAAAAUCUGCAGACUCGCCAGGGUCUGUUAGGCUGUUUAUUGUUGAAGUUAGUCCUGAGUUUGAACCUUUGCUUGAAGAGGCAAAAAACAGCUCUUCAAGGAGGAAGCUGGACAUAGAAAAUAAUUCCAUAUCUGAAAGUGGGAACACAAGAAGUGAUGAUGACAGGGUCUCUUCAGUUUAUGUUGAUGACUGGAUUGUGCAAUUUGCUCAGCUAUUCAAGAACCAUGUUGGAUUCAGCUCUGAUGCAUCUCUGAACCUUCAUGAAUUGGGAACGAAACUAUAUUCAGAAGCAGUGGAAGAGACAGUCACAAGCGAAGAGGCACAGGAAAUUUUUCAACUUGCUGAGGAUAAAUUUCAGGAGAUGGCAGCUCUGGCCUUGUUUAAUUGGGGAAACGUGCAUAUGUCGCGAGCAAGGAAAAGAUUGUCCUUACCAGAAAAUGCCUCAAAGGAGUCACUGCUUGCACAGAUGAAAACUGCAUAUGAAUGGGCUCAGACUGAGUAUGUUAAAGCGGGAAAGUGUUAUGAUGAAGCCUUGGAAAUUAAGCCUGACUUCUAUGAAGGUCGUCUUGCGCUUGCGCUGCAACAGUUUGAGCAAACAAAACUUUCAUGGUAUUAUGCAAUUGGAAGCAAGGCAGAUUUGGAGAAGUGGCCAUCAUCGGAAGUCCUAGAGCUAUUCAACCAUGCCGAGGAUAAUACUGAAAGGGGAAUGGAGAUGUGGGAACAGAUAGAAGAUCAGCGGUUAAAGGGACUCUCUAAACCCAACAAGGAAAAAACCUUGUUGCAAAAGAUGGAUCUUGAAGACUACUUCACAGAGCCCUCAACUGAUGAGGCGGCAGAAAUUGCUUCAAAUAUGAGGUCUCAGAUAAAUAUAUUAUGGGGAACCAUUCUUUAUGAGCGGUCUGUUGUGGAAUUCAAAUUAGGCAUUCCAAUGUGGGAAGAGUGCCUUAAGGCAGCGGUAGAUAAAUUUAAGCUAGCAGGUGCUUCUCCAACUGACAUUUCUGUUAUGAUAAAAAACCACUGUGCCAAUGAAACUGCCCAAGAAGGAUUAGGCUUCAAGAUUGAUGAGAUAGUUCAGGCAUGGAAUGAGAUGUAUGAUGCAAAAAAGUGGAUAAGCGGUGUUCCAUCAUUUAGGCUUGAGCCUUUAUUGCGGCGACGAGUCCCGAAGCUGCAUGAUACAUUGGAGGCAUCAGUUUAGAAUUUAUGGGCAUUAUUGAGAAUAUCAAACCGUAUUUUGCUAUCUGCUGUCUGUGUUUUAAAUAGGUAUGUUUUAGUUCAUGGGCCGGUGCAUCUAAUUGUUUACUUUUGCGUAGAAGAGUUCGUUUCCGGAGUCAUAGCAAAAUUCUUUUUUUUUUUCCUCUCGUGUACCGGUCUGGUGAUACUUGCUCGUAGAACUGAACUUCUUCCGUGUGGGAGUGCUUUUUUCUUCCUUUCAUGCACCAGGCCGGGGAUCCUGGUGCUAUAUAUGUCUUGAUACUUGCUCAUGGAGCAUAACUUCUAUGGAGUUGAGAGCCUGACCAGCCCUCUUCAUGUUGGUUGCAGAAUUUUGAUUCUUUGUUUCUAAUGUUUUCCCUAGCAUAUUGUAUGUUAGUAUUCAUUUGUGCUAAAGGCUUGUUCUUCAUCUGUUGUAUAUUCAUUUUUUUGACCAUUAUGCUUCUGGUCUGUAUCGAACAUACAGGUUAUUAAUUUCAGAAAAAAAAAUAAUUUGAAUAAAU